AUAAUCCAACACCAGCCAGCCGGAUGGCCAUAUUGGAGAGUUCGCCGGAUAUUUGAACAGCGACAUCCCUCACCCGAUUUCUUGCGCAUAUUCUUCAAUUACGAUUCAUCACCUGGUCUCGACACGGCGAAUGGCGUAUGAACAAAAAAGACUCAUCAUCAUUGGGGCCGCCGGUAUCUGCGUCUAUUUUUAUUUUUAUUUUUAUUUUAUCGUGUCCUCUUUGUCUUCCAAUGGUUCUCGACACUGGUAGAAGGUGGAUCUCUAUCUUGAGAUUGCGAGACGGGCAGCUACAGGUGUUCUUGGAGUCCCGGGCUCGGGAAGCUGCUUGCUUAGUAUCUCGCGACGUUCGACGCUGGGCUUUGCAAUUCUAUCGCCCCCCCUUUUUGCCUCCCUUCGAGUUCCCCCCUUCUUGGAUGUAUUUUUCAUCCGACAAACAAAACGUAUCCUACCUGGGCGGGGAUAGGCCAGGGCUCACUUUCCAUUUUGACCGGGAUGUGGGCGAGACGGAAGCGGGGGAAAGGGAGAGAAGCGACGGACCCGUUGUCUCUAGUGGGCAUGCAUUAUGUUUGUUCCAUGCAGUCGGUCGGUCGACUAUCAUAGGAAAUCCACCAAGAAGGGCUCUCAAUCCAUGCUGGACACUGCCGAUCUGUGGUAUCUGUCCUGCAACAUUAUUAGGUGGUUGUCCAUGAACUCUUUUCCCGCGCACCCCUCAGUGGGGACCUCCAUCCCACAUGCCUAGGUACCUACCUCCGUACCUCAGGUUGCCUACCUAUUUAGUACGUCCUUUAAAUUAGUCUCGACGACACGCCUUUUGCAGUGCUAGCAGCCAGCAGCCAACAGGCAACCGAGCCAGUCGGAGCCGAAUUGUAUCGAACAACUCAUACACACAUCACAAACGGGGUUCUGGAAAGAGAUAGCUGAUUGGCAAGACUCGUCGUCAAGUCCCUUACGGCCUUAGCAUUCAUUCAUUACUUCGCUCGCUGUCGGACUCGGCCAGUUU